AUGCCGAGGAAGAAGAAGCCCACAGAGGGCCUGGACUCUCGAGGUCAGGAUGGGGAGGAAGAGGAGGAAGAGAAGAGGAACCAAGCCAAUGCCAAGAAGAAGCGCAGUUUUGUGGAUGCGUUUAUUGUUAUAUCUGACAGCGAUGGAGAGCAGGAGUCAAAGGAAGAGACUGGAUUGCAAAAGAAGAGAACAAAGCAGCAGCUGGAUAGAACGAAGUUUGCUGCUAAAAGAAAAAUUGCACAGAUGACUGAAGAGGAACAGUUUGCACUGGCCCUGAAAAUGAGUGAGCAAGAAGCCAGACAAGUGAACUGUCAGGAAGAGGAAGAGGAGGAGCUCUUGAGGAAGGCCAUUGCUGAGAGCCUUAACAGCUGUCAGCCCUCGGACUCCUCUGAUGUAACCCCUCAGUUGUCUGCAGAAGCACUGGGUGUGCGAGGCCAAAGCCAGCCCGCUGAGAAAGAAGGCUCUGAGAUCCUGGGAGGUCUGGCGCUUUGCCCUGACGCCCAUCGCUCCAAGUGCAGCUCCCACUCACAGAGCGCCAGAGCUGAUGGGAGUGGACAGAUGGAUGUCGCCCGGAGCCCCCUGGUAGUGUUGAGGAGGUUAAGCCAGGAAAUUGUUGAAAGCUCACUAGUAUCCAGCAUAAUCGUGUCUCCGGGGAAGGGCCAGCCUGAGACAAGGUCAAGUGAAAAGCCUUCCUCACUAGCAAAAAGCGAUUCUAGUAACAUGUUACCCAGCACUCUUGGAGACGACCUCAUCUCUUUGAGUCCCACCUUUGGCAGGGUAACUUCAGGCUCCUGGCGACUGACACCUCGGAGACUGUUCACAAGCCCCUCCAGCUCUUCAGAAGCAACAGGCCACAAACCAAAAGAGCAGCCCCUGCCCUGCACUGGCCAUUCUGUGGGAGAAGCUGGUGCCGGGAGCUCAGCCACGCUCUGGAAGAGCUGGACCGUGGAACAGUGUAGCAGCCUCAGGAGGAGUGGUGGAGGAGCAGGUACCGCACACACCUCGCAGCCCGGGCAUGCCGCCAAAGUCUGUGUUUCCACAGAGCAAGCAGAGCAGAACGAGGUGCCCGACAGUACCGCUGAGCUUUGCGUGCUGAAUGUGGCAGAGGAAAAGCACAAGCAGGAGGAGGCGAGAGACACAGUGCACUAUUACUGGGGCAUUCCCUUCUGCCCCAAGGGGGUGGACCCCAACCAGUACACCAAAGUCAUCUUGUGUCAGCUGGAGGUUUACCAGAAGAGCCUGAAGCAGGCUCAGAGGCAGCUAUUGCAUAAGAAAGAGUUUGGUAACCCAGUUGUGCCCAGUUCUUCCUUGAGCCAAAAUGAGCUUGGGAAAGGAGAUCACCUAAGCAGGGAGAACGGGGUUGCUGAUGAUACAGAAGAUGGAGACCCAGACGGGCAGAAGGAGUCUGAGAGCAUCACCUGGCUCCUCCCUUCAAAGAGGAGGGAGGCAGAGAGUCCAGGGCACAGCAUGGAAGAAGAGAAGAACUCUACUUCUGAUGAUGAACCGACCACCAGCUACCGCCAGGCCUCCCAGAUGCUGUCUGCAGAGGAUGUGCAUGAAGAUGGGGAACCCAUGCAAAUUGCACAGAGCAUCUCCAUGUUGACCCCACUUGGCAGUAAAAGGAGCCCAGAUACUGCUACAGAAAACUCUGCUGAAGAAGAGAUCUCUGUUUGCCCAGAGACCCAGACGAAUCCACUGGAAUCUAUUGAGGCAGAGAGAGAAGAGCUCUGUUCGGGCAGCAGAGAUGCACCUAUGCAGGCUGGUGGAGAUGAAGAUGCUGGCAGGACUGUGUCUGAGUGCAGUCCUACAGCUGCUGACCAUGUGUCGUGCCCGCUGUGUGACCAAGGCUUUCUAGCUACAGAGAUCGAGCUGCAUGCCAUGUACUGCAACGGCAUUGUGGGAGAGGAGGCUGGCGAGGACAGUCCAGUGCUCACCCGGCGUCAGAGAGAGGCAAGAAGUAAAGCUGCCAGUGGUGAAAGCGGCUCAGCAUCCUUAGACAUUGACAAGACGUUGGAAGGCAGGAGAGGGGACUCCUCAGGAUGCUGGAGCUCUCGGAGAGCAAGUCUGCAGGUGCUGAUGCGGGGACCCCCCUCCCUGGACUAG